UGUGAGGUCAGAGUUGGGACCGGAAGCUCUGCUGGGGACUGGGGAGCCAUGGAGGCGGCGGGAGAAAGAGAACGAGCGCUCUCAGCGCAAGACCUCGAGAGAGACGAACCCCACAAGGGAGACAUCAUGGAAGCGUCUGCCAGCGCUAACCAAGUCUCUUCGGUUGCAGAAGGGGUAAAAGGCAAUGGAGAGGUAGAGCCGAUGUCUGUGGCGACCCCAAAGGAGGAUAAGGGAGACGAAGGAAGGGAAAACAUCACCUUUUCCCCAGUGUCAAGGGGCCUGCCAGGCCAUGCCUCCAAGUCCUUCCCCACUCCUCCUUCCAACUCCUCCUCACCCGUUCCCAGCAGAGCAAAGAUGUCUUUAACCGGAGCCGGAAAACUUCCCCACACUACCCAGAGCCUAGCCAUGAGAUUGCUGAGUAUAACCAGGGACGGAACAGACAAGGUUCACCGUGCUAGGAAGACCAUGCCUCGUGCAGCCCCCGUAGCAAUGGAUGUAUCUUUCGGUUCUGAUGGAGAAAGGUCUAACUUUAGAAGGGAAGCAGAGACUGAGAAGAGAGACAGUCCUGACUCCACACAGAAGAGAGAUGAUUCGAUGGGGUCAGAUUUGUCCGUAAAUAGAUCCGGCAACACGGAGGGUGCACUGGUACCUCCCUCAACAGCUCCUAGUUCCUCCCGGGAGGGUGGCGAGCAGGAUGAAUGGGAACCAGAGGUGGGGGCUGAAUUUAGCCUUUUUUAUGAUAGCUUUUCAGUUGAGGAGCAAGGAGACAGUGAUAGCAAGGAGGAAGAGGAGGAAGAAGAGGAGGGUUCUGGAAACCAGUCUGAGAGGAGCUCCAGUAGCAUGAAGAAGAAGACUAAGAAAAAGUGGAAGAUGGACAAAGCCUGGCUGAAACCGACCAGAAAACGAAAGCGGAGGGACCGAGAGAAACCUGGGACUGGUGUCAAUUCUGUUGGGGGGUCACACAGUGAGUACACAGAGGUGCCACUGGGAGCUCUGGACCUACCCAGCGAGGGGGCGCUGUCUCCCAACCACACGGGCAUCUGUAAUGAAUCCAGCUCUAUGGAUACUGAACGAUUUGAGGAGCUUCCUCUUUGCAGCUGCCGCAUGGAAGCUCCAAGUGUGGGGAGAGUGUGCGAACAGGCAAACAACAAAUGUAUGGCCACGGAGAGCAUAGAUGGGGAGCUAAGUGGAUGCAUCGCUCAUAUUAUUAAACGAGAGACGAUGCGCCCAUCCAGUAGAGUCCCCCUCAUGGUCCUUUGUGAAAAUCACCGUGCCCGUAUGGUUAAACAUCACUGCUGCCCAGGCUGUGGCUACUUCUGUACAAGUGGAACAUUUUUGGAAUGCCACCCUGAUUUCCGGAUAAACCACCGUUUCCACAAAGCUUGUGUUAAUCCAAUGAAUGGCGUGAUCUUCUGCCCCCACUGUGGUGAAGAUGCUUCUGAGGCGGAGCAAAUUACAAUAGCAAAGCUGGAUGUACAGGUGCCCAUUCCUGCCCCUCACUUCCAUGAGGGAGGCGGACCAGGGAGGGCAGACACUACGCAGCCCAGUGCACGGAUGAGUGGCACAGUCGAUGGAAAACGUCCCCUUCUUGAAUCCCCUUCUCUGAAUGGAACCACUUCUGGCCCCAGCCUGCUCCUCCCCUCAGGCAUUUCUCUAAAUGCAGAUGGGUUGCCUGCUGGCCCCGGCCGGGAGGCCCUUGAGAAGGCAUUGCUAUCACAGGAUGCUGAUACGUUGUCUCCGCAGAAACGCGAUCGCCGGAAGAAGGUUCGCUACAACUCCCGUCAGCUGUACUUGUCUGUGAAGCAGGGAGAACUGCACAAGGUCUUACUCAUGCUGGAAAAUCAAGAUUCAAGCUUUCUGAAUGAUAUCCAGUUAAAGCGAAGUCCUCUCCAUGCGGCAGCACAAAAGGGUAGUCUGGAGAUGUGUCACGUUCUGUUGCAGGCCGGCGCUAACGUCAAUGCGAAUGACAAAGUCCUGCGUACCCCUCUUUUAGAGGCAGUUGUCAACAACUACAUUGACGUUGCCAGAUACCUCAUUCAGAAGGGCGCCUGCGUUUACCACCAGGAGGAGGAUGGCUCAACCUGCCUUCACCAUGCUGCAAAGAGUGGAAACCUGCCCAUGUUGAGUUUCCUGUUGUCUACGGGGCAAGUAAAUGUAAAUGCCCAGGAUAAUGGAGGUUGGACACCGAUCAUCUGGGCCGCAGAGCACAAGCACAUUGAGGUGAUACGCACAUUACUGACCCGAGGAGCAGAUGUCACCCUGCAGGACAAUGAGAAGAACGUUUGUUUGCAUUGGGCAUCUUUCACUGGUAGCGCUGAAAUUGCUGAGGUUCUGCUCAAUGCUCAGUGUGAUCUGCAUGCGGUCAACUUCCACGGAGACACCCCUCUGCACAUCGCUGCACGGGAAGGCUUCAUUGGCUGUGUCAACUUGUUCCUGUCUCGAGGGGCAGACACAGAAGUUAGAAACAACGAAGGGGAUACACCAUGUGACUUGACCCUGGAGCACACGGAGGUGUGGUAUGCCUUGCAGUUAAACCGAAAGAUUCGACAAGGAGUCGGCAACAGAGCAGUGCGGACAGAGCGCAUCAUCUGCAGGGACAUAGCGCAUGGGUAUGAGCGGGUCCCAAUCCCAUGUGUGAAUGGAGUGGACGAGGAGCCAACACCAGAUGACUACAAAUAUGUAUCUGAAAACUGCGAAACUUCGGCCAUGAGCAUUGACCGCAACAUCACACACUUACAGAAUUGCAGCUGCCUUGACGAUUGCUCGUCAAGCAACUGCCUUUGCGGACAACUCAGUAUUCGCUGUUGGUAUGACAAGGAUGGCCGUCUGCUUCAGGAGUUUAACAAAAUUGAACCUCCGCUCAUCUUUGAAUGUAACCAGGCCUGUGCUUGUUGGCAGACAUGCAAGAAUCGAGUGGUGCAGAGUGGUAUCAAAGUCAGACUCCAGUUGUACCGCACAGCAAAGAUGGGCUGGGGCGUGAGAGCCCUUCAGGGAAUCCCACAAGGAACCUUCAUCUGCGAGUAUGUUGGGGAACUGAUCUCAGAUGCUGAGGCUGAUGUAAGAGAAGACGAUUCCUACCUAUUUGACUUGGAUAACAAGGAUGGAGAAGUUUAUUGUAUCGAUGCGCGAUACUAUGGCAACAUCAGCCGCUUUAUUAACCACCUCUGUGAGCCAAAUCUAAUCCCAGUGCGAGUCUUCAUGUCUCAUCAAGACCUACGCUUCCCCCGAAUCGCUUUCUUCAGUGGAAGAGAAAUACGGUCAGGAGAAGAACUAGGGUUUGAUUACGGUGACCGUUUCUGGGACAUUAAAAGCAGAUAUUUUACAUGUCAGUGUGGCUCGGAGAGAUGCAAGCACUCAGCUGAGGCAAUCGCACUGGAGCAGAGCCGCCUUGCCCGAUUGGAAGUGCCAGAGUCUGCGUCUGUACCGGCACCUCCCCCUCAACCAGUGUGACCUCCCACCCCCCUAUCGUAUUGCUUCAUGAACUUCUGCCAGAUUUGGCCCUGCAGAGCACAUUUAGCCUCUUCAAAAGUGGCUAUUGUGGAACGUUGCUCUUCCACAGAACAAACCUUUUCCGAAUGUUACUGAAUAAACCCUCACACUUCAGAGAGGAGCCUGACGAGCAUUGUGCCAUUAGCCUCUUCUCCCUGUUAAAGAGAUCCUGGCUGAUCAUUUGGUAAUUUGCUCCUUCAACAGAGGAUGUUGCAGUGUGUUAAAAAAAAAAACCACAAAAAAACUUCCCCCUUCCUCAUGGGAGGAGCCUGCAAAGUGUUGAUCCAAUCUCCUUUCAUGUAAGAUUAUGCAGAGCAUUAUUUCAUUAGCCCUUCAAGUGACAUUUCACAGCAUCAUGUGAUUAUUACCUUUCUCUCCAGAGACCAUGUACAUUUUAUUAUUGUUAACCACUGUUCAUCCAGAGACGUACCGAUCAUUGACUUCUUUUCAAAAGCUCUUAUAGCAGCGUCUUUCAUUUUAACCCCUUCCUAGAUUUGUAUAGCACAUAGCCUCUCAUCAUUAAAAUAAUAAUAAACUUCAUUUUUUUUAAUAACUCA